GUCAGUCUCUACGAAUACUAGCGAGAACAUGGUUGCUAAAAUUAUCUUUCGCAGCAAGACGCAACACAGAGGAGCUGGUCUUGGCAACAAAUUUUUUUGUAGAAAUUCGUGACGCUUGUGCACUUGUUAUUAUCGUCGUUCAAAACAAAUACUUUUCAUUUUGUCUCGCAACAAUUGAUCUCCUUUUGGAUAUUGAUUUUCAG